AUGGCGUCCGCCGAGGUCGAUAUCCCCCGUCGCGAGCGCGACCGCGGCGACCGAAGCGACAAGCGCGAUGGCGACUCGUACCGUCCUGCGAGGGCGCCGCGGUCGCCAUCACCCUCACGAGCCCGCGAGCCGGUACCCGUACGCACGGAGGAGGAGAAGCAGGCUGCUGCAAAGGCCGAGUACGAGAAGCUGUUGACGAUGCGAUCCGGCGGUACCUACAUUCCCCCCGCGAGACUGCGCGCGCUGCAGGCCCAGAUCACGGACAAGACGAGCAAGGAGUACCAGCGCAUGGCGUGGGAGGCGCUCAAGAAGAGUAUCAAUGGUUUGAUCAACAAGGUCAACACGGCAAACAUCAAGCACAUCGUCCCCGAGCUGUUUGGCGAAAACCUGGUCCGCGGCCGAGGUCUGUUUUGCCGAUCCAUCAUGAAGGCCCAGGCGGCCAGUUUGCCGUUUACGCCCAUCUAUGCCGCCAUGGCUGCCAUUGUCAACACGAAGCUGCCCCAGGUUGGUGAGCUGCUGAUCCGCCGACUGGUUAUGCAGUUCCGCAAGGGCUUCAAGCGCAACGACAAGGCCGUCUGCCUCUCCUCGACCACCUUCCUCGCCCACCUCAUCAAUCAACAGGUUCAACACGAGAUGCUCGCUGGCCAGAUCUUGCUUUUGCUUCUUCACAAACCUACCGACGACAGUGUGGAGAUUGCGGUUGGCUUCUGCCGUGAAGUUGGACAGUACCUGGAGGAUAUGCAGCCGUCUAUUUCCAUGGCCGUUUUCGACCAGUUCAGAAACAUUUUGCACGAGGCCGAUAUCGACAAGCGAACGCAGUACAUGAUCGAGGUCCUGUUUCAGGUGCGCAAGGACAAGUUCAAGGACAACCCUGCCGUCAAGGAGGAGCUGGAUUUGGUUGAAGAGGAGGAUCAGAUUACUCACAGGGUCGAACUGGAAGGCGAGAUUGACGUGCAGGACGGACUCAACAUCUUCAAGUUUGACUCAGAAUGGGAGGAGCACGAAGAGGCGUACAAGAAGCUCAAGGCCGAGAUCUUGGGCGAAGGAAGCGAUGACGAGGAUGAUGACGAUGACGAGUACGACAGUUCGUCCGAGGAAGAGGAGGAUGAAAAGACCAAGGCCAUGGAGAUCAAGGAUCAGUCCAAUGCCGACCUGGUCAACCUGCGCAGGACGAUUUACCUCACCAUUAUGUCCAGCGCCGACCCCGAGGAAGCCGUUCACAAGCUCAUGAAGAUCAACCUUCCAGCAGGACAGGAGCCCGAGCUACCCUCGAUGAUCGUUGAGUGCUGCUCACAAGAAAAGACAUACACCAAGUUCUUUGGAAUGAUUGGCGAGCGCUUCGCCAAGAUCAACCGACUUUGGUGCGACUUGUUUGAGCAGGCUUUUGCCAAGUACUACGAGACCAUCCACCGUUACGAGAACAACAAGCUCCGUAACAUCGCCAUGCUUUUUGGUCACAUGUUUGCGUCAGACGCCCUUGGCUGGCACUGCCUGUCCGUCAUCCACCUCAACGAGGACGAAACGACGUCGAGCAGUCGUAUCUUUAUCAAGAUCCUGUUUCAGUUCAUCGCGGAGGAGAUGGGUAUGCCCAAGCUCAGGGCACGUAUGACGGACGAGACCUUGAGGCCCAACUUGGAAGGUCUCUUCCCCCAGGAAAACCCUCGCAACAUUAGAUUCUCCAUCAACUACUUUACGAGUAUUGGAAUGGGUGCUCUCACCGAGGAGAUGCGAACACACCUUCAGAACAUGCCCAAGCCAGCUCUACCCGCUCCUCCUGCCGCCGACUCAGACUCGGAUUCGGUUUCGAGUUACUCAUCCUAUACUGCUCGUCGCGGUCAAGAUCCUACACAAGGUCUGUGUCUGCAAGAGGACGUGGACGUAGCCAGUCUUACUCUGCGAGCCCCCCUCGUCGAGGUCGGCGGUAUACUAGUGAGAGCCGCUCACGAUCUCCGGCGCCUCGUGGUGGACGUGGUCGAGCACGCAGCGAUUCAUACUCGUCUCGCAGCCGGUCACGCUCUCCUCCUCCACGCCAAGCUCGUGGCCGAAGAGAUUCUUACGCCUCAGAAGGUCGGUCACCCUCACCGCCUCCUCGUGACAGGCGAAGUCGAUCGCGUGAUUCGCAAGAUCGAUCCCCUUCUCCCGUGA